AGCCAUCAGGAAGUAAAUAAACUGCCAAGCUCGGCGACGGCAGCGUUGCCACCGGUGGCCAAAAGUCAAGCCUUAGAGCAACAAUGUGGUUCGCUGUCGCGUUUGUUUGUGUCGCUUUGAUAGCUUUGGUACUUAAAUAUGUCUUUACUGCUCCUGGACUCAACCCCUUUGCGGUGGACAGCCGUGAACCCCUUAAACCAAUGGUCCUCAACCGUAAAGAGAAGAACAAAGUGUUGAAACAAGGCUUCCUGGCCAGUAAAGUACCCGACAACUUGGAUGCCGUGGUGGUGGGCAGUGGGAUCGGCGGCCUGGCGCUCGCCGCGAUGCUGGCCAAAGUGGGGAAGAAAGUCCUGGUCCUGGAGCAGCACGAUCGCGCCGGAGGAUGCUGCCACACGUUCACGGAGAAGGGUUUUGAGUUUGACGUCGGAAUUCACUACGUCGGCGAAAUGCACAGCUACAAACCGCUGCGCUGCGUCCUGGACCAGAUCACCAACGGGCAGCUGCAGUGGGACCCAAUGGACAAUCCAUUUGACCAAGUCCUGAUCGGACCGCCUGAAAACCGCCGCCGCUAUCCCAUCUACAGCGGCAGCAAACGCUUCCCCGCCGGGCUGAAGAAGUACUUCCCUGGCGAGGAGAAGGCCAUCGACGAGUACAUGAGGCUGGUCAAGACAACAGCACGCAACGCCUGGGUCGUGGUGCUCCUGAAGCUUAUCCCCGAGCCCUUGGCCAAGUUCCUGGCCGUCAGCGGCUUGCUGAAAACUCUCUCACCUUUCUACAAAAUGGCAACCCGCAGCCUGACCGAGGUCGUCAACGAACUGACAGAGAACAAGGACCUCAGGACCGUCUUCUCCUACUGCUUCGGCACCUACGGCAACAUGCCCAAAGAAGCCAGUUUCAGCAUGCACAGUUUGCUGGUCGGUCACUACCUUAGCGGUGCCUGGUACCCGAAAGGCGGAGCCAGCGAGAUUGCCUACCACAUCAUCCCCGUCAUCGAGAAGGCAGGGGGCGCCGUUCUGGUCCGUGCGCCGGUCAACCGCAUCCUAUUCAACGAUGCCAAGGAAGCUUGCGGUGUAAGUGUUAGGAAGGGCCAGGAGGAAAUACAUAUCCGCGCUCCCAUGGUCAUCUCCAAUGCUGGCAUCUUAAACACCUACCAGAGCCUACUACCCAAGGAGCUGCAGGCCACCCCAGCUAUCCAGAGGCAGCUGAGCAUGUUGAAGAGCGGCGAGGGCGGCCUCAGCAUCUUUGUGGGACUGAACGGCAGCAAGGAGGAGUUGGGCCUGAAAGCUGAAAACUACUGGAUCUUUCUCGAGAACAAUAUAGACAAACUGUUUGAAAAGUACAGUUGUAGCGACAGAGAGGAAGCUUGUAGAAGCAUACCGUUAUUGUUUGUCGCCUCUCCGUCUGCCAAAGAUUCCACCUGGGAGGAGAGAUCCCCAGGCAAGUCCACUCUGAGUCUGGUCAGCUUCGCCAGAUACGGGUGGUUUGAGGAGUGGAAGGACGACAAAGUCAACAACAGGGCGUCCGAGUACAAGGAGCUGAAGGAGGCUUUCAUCGAGACCGCUCUGCAGGUGGUCCUGCAAGUCUUCCCCAAAGUCACCAGAGACAAGAUCGAAUACAUCGACGCGGGGACCCCGAUCACCAACACCCACUACAUCGGAUCACCCAAAGGCGAGUUCUACGGAGUGGACCACGGCAUGGAGCGCUUCACCCCGGAGCUCAGCAUCAUCAUGAAGCCUCAGACGCCGCUGAAGAACCUCUACCUGACAGGUCAGGAUAUGCUUACGUGCGGAUUGGCGGGCGCCCUGAACGGCGCUCUAAUCUGCGCUUCGGUCCUUCUCAAGCGCUUGCUGCACCGAGAUGCCAUGGAGUUGGCUAAGAGGACCAAUUCUGCGGACCUCAAACUGAAAGACAAGUAACUGGGGUAGAAAAGUAGUGGCUAACUACUUGGCUGGAACAUCAACAAAAAAGGGAAUAAAGUGUGGCCUAUGCAACUAUUGAGUUAUAGGGUUAUUAUAACAUAAAUAAUGUGAAUGUUAAAGUUUUGUAAGUAUGCAUCAUGUUAUGUACUCAACUUAUUUGGCACUUUAUUGCGAUGUGUACCUGUUAACUAACACACUUUAUAUUAAAAACCCAAUGUGCCACCAAA